GGGACCUGCCAGCCGAGGGGCGGGUCCGUGAGCAAAGCUUGAACUGAACACUCUGCAGCCCUGGUGCCCCCACUUCCCGCGCCUGCCUCCGAGCCCGUGGCAAUCUCACGCUUCUCGCCAUCAUGCUGUGGCCAGGUUGCCAGGCGCUUCGGCACUUCUCCACCGGCCAGGUUUAUUUCAAAAACAAGCUGAAGUUGGCACUUAUUGGCCAGAGCCUCUUUGGACAGCAAGUCUAUAGCCACCUCCAGAAAGAGGGCCACCGAGUAGUGGGCGUGUUCACAGUUCCAGACAAGGACGGAAAGGCUGAUCCACUCGCUUUGGCUGCAGAGAAAGAUGGGACCCCUGUGUUCAAGUUCCCCCGAUGGAGAGUCAAGGGUAAAACCAUCAAGGAGGUGGCAGAAGCCUACCAGUCAGUGGGCGCCGAGCUCAAUGUGCUUCCCUUCUGCACACAGUUCAUCCCCAUGGAUGUCAUUGAUGGCCCAAAGCACGGCUCCAUCAUCUACCACCCCUCCCUGCUACCCAGGCACAGAGGAGCAUCUGCCAUCAACUGGACUCUGAUCUCAGGAGAUAAGCAAGCUGGGUUUUCUGUUUUCUGGGCAGAUGAUGGUUUAGAUACAGGACCCAUCCUUCUUCAGAGAUCAUGUGAUGUCAAACCCAAUGAUACAGUGGAUGCACUUUAUAACCGGUUCCUUUUUCCUGAGGGAAUCAAGGCCAUGGUAGAAGCCGUCCAACUCAUAGCUGAUGGAAAAGCUCCUCGCAUCCCCCAGCCAGAAGAGGGGGCAACCUACGAAGGGAUCCAGAAGAAGGAGAACGCUGAGAUUUCUUGGGACCAGCCUGCUGAAGUUUUGCAUAACUGGAUUCGAGGUCAUGAUAAGGUCCCUGGAGCCUGGGCAGAGAUAAAUGGACAGAUGGUGACUUUCUAUGGUUCAUCAUUAUUGACUACCUCUGUGCCUGCUGGAGAACCCCUGGACAUUAGAGGUUCCAAGACGCCUGGCCUUGUUACCAAAAACGGACUUGUUCUUUUUGGUAAUGAUGGAAAAGCACUGAUGGUGAGAAAUCUGCAGUUUGAGGAUGGGAAGAUGAUUCCUGCCUCCCAGUACUUCUCAUCGGGUGAGACAUCAGCAGUAGAACUUACAGCUGAGGAGAUGAAGGUGGCAGAGACAAUCAAGGUCAUCUGGGCUCGAAUUUUGAGCAAUGUUCCUGUGAUUGAAGACUCCACAGACUUCUUUAAAUCUGGAGCAAGCUCAAUGGAUGUCGUGAGGCUGGUGGAAGAGAUCAGACAGAAAUGUGGUGGUCUUCAACUGCAGAAUGAAGAUGUCUACAUGGCCACCAAGUUUGAGGAUUUCAUCCAAAUGGUCGUGAGGAAACUGAGAGGAGAGGACCAAGAGGUGGAGCUGGUGGUGGAUUAUGUCUCAAAGGAGGUCAAUGAAAUGACAGUGAAAAUGCCGUAUCAGUGUUUCAUCAAUGGACAGUUUGUAGAUGCCGAGGAUGGGGAGACUUACGACACUGUCAACCCCACAGAUGGAUCUACGAUAUGCAGAGUGUCCUACGCUUCCUUAGCGGAUGUUGACAAAGCAGUAGCUGCAGCCAAGGAUGCCUUUGAAAAUGGUGAAUGGGGAAAGAUGAAUGCCAGAGAGAGAGGAAGACUGAUGUACAGACUUGCCGAUCUACUGGAAGAAAACCAAGAGGAGCUGGCAACCAUAGAAGCCCUGGAUUCCGGGGCUGUCUACACCCUGGCUCUGAAGACUCACAUUGGAAUGUCUGUGCAAACAUUCCGAUACUUUGCAGGCUGGUGUGACAAAAUUCAGGGCUCUACAAUCCCAAUCAACCAGGCCCGUCCAAAUCACAACCUGACCUUCACCAAGAAGGAGCCACUUGGUGCCUGUGCCAUCAUCAUCCCCUGGAACUACCCACUGAUGAUGCUGGCCUGGAAGAGCGCAGCAUGCUUGGCAGCAGGCAACACCCUAGUACUCAAGCCGGCACAGGUCACGCCCUUGACAGCGCUGAAGUUUGCAGAGUUGACUGUGAAAGCUGGCUUUCCAAAGGGGGUAAUCAACAUCGUUCCUGGCUCAGGGGGUGUUGCAGGACAGCGGCUUUCUCAGCACCCAGACAUCCGCAAGCUUGGCUUCACUGGCUCCACAUCUGUGGGCAAACAGAUCAUGAGCAGCUGUGCUGUGAGCAACCUGAAGAAAGUUUCCCUUGAGCUUGGUGGCAAAUCCCCACUUAUAAUAUUCAAUGAUUGUGAACUUGACAAGGCAGUGAAGAUGGGCAUGGGUGCAGUGUUUUUCAAUAAAGGAGAGAACUGCAUUGCAGCUGGACGACUGUUUGUGGAAGAAUCCAUCCACGACAAAUUUGUAACCAGAGUGGUGGAAGAAAUUAAAAUGAUGAAGAUUGGUGAUCCGCUGGACAGAUCUACAGACCACGGGCCCCAGAACCACAAAGCCCACCUAGAAAAGCUGCUGCAGUACUGUGAAACCGGAGUGAAGGAAGGGGCCACACUGGUAUACGGAGGAAGACAGGUGCAGCGGUUGGGCUUCUUUAUGGAACCAACCGUGUUCACAGACGUCGAAGACCACAUGUACCUUGCCAAAGAGGAAUCCUUCGGGCCUAUCAUGGUCAUUUCUAAAUUUCAAAAUGGGGACAUCGACGGGGUGCUGCGUCGAGCAAAUAACACUGAAUAUGGUUUGGCCUCUGGGGUUUUCACGAGAGACAUCAGUAAAGCCAUGUAUGUGAGUGACAAGCUAGAGGCGGGCACAGUUUUCAUCAACACCUACAACAAGACGGACGUGGCGGCCCCGUUUGGUGGGGUGAAGCAGUCUGGCUUUGGAAAAGACUUGGGUGAGGAAGCCCUGAAUGAAUACCUCAAGACCAAAACGGUGACACUGGAGUAUUAGAGCAAUGCCAGCCUCAGGAAGCCUUCGAUGAACAGCCUGCUUCUCAAACCGUCACAAGCUGAGGAAGGAGGAACCAUCUGUGAGCCACAAAAAUACAUACAAGGACCAAGAAGAGGGUUGGGCCGCUUGUGUGAGCAUUUGCCUGAGGGCCUCAGUAAAUUCUAGUAUACUAUUUUUCUCAC